AUCAGUUUAUGUUUCUGUAGCGAGUGUUGAUUUAAUAAAAUUACGAAACGACACAUUGAUACACUGUAGACUUAUUAUUCUACAGUUGAAAAUUAUAGACAUUUUUAUUUAUUUACCGGAUUUAAUUGUGUACAUUUGUACCUUUGAUUGAUCACAUAACUCAUAACCUUUUUACAUGGACUGGUACGUGUGCAAGACGUUACGUAUUUUGGCGGCAUCUUAGUCACAUAAAUAGAUUUCCUUGUGCAAUAAAAAAAUCUGGUGAACUCAUUUUUAUUCGCGCAAUUAUUACUUAUACUUAUUUAAAUAAGAACAAAAAGACUGGUAUAGUGACAAAGUUAUUUAAAAUGUUUAAACGGUGAUAAGUGAUAACGGACAUUUCAAUUGCCGAAAUAAUGGAGAAUCUGGCCGUUAACGAAUUACGGUCAAGGUCUCGUUCGAAGACACCCUUCUUGCGUUCAACAUGUGAUGGAGAGAACUGCACAGAAGGUGAUGACCACACUCAUCACAAGGCAGGCAGAAAAACACCGGUGAAGAGUAGACACACCCCUGUGAAACAACUUGGCCCACCAACAGUUACAGAAACAGUUGAGACUAUUAGGGAAGUGACUGAGGAAUACAGUUCACCUCCAGCACACCGCACUAGGCAAUCAACUAAGAAUACAACAGACCGUCUGGUAAAAACCUCAGAUUAUUCUUCCGAAGAAAGCUUGGACCGACUUAAGGGUCACAGGAAGGAAAUAUUUCAGAACGAGAUCAAUAGUCAAUAUGAACGGGUGUCGACAAGUUCGCAGCGGUACAGUACCUUCGCUGACGUCACGCUCAGCCCGGUACACGCGGCGUACAGUGCCUCAUUAGAUAGGUCAUCCCGCAUCGGCAGCCCCACUUACAGCGUAUGCUCAACGGACAGCUCGUUUGCGGAGCAAGCUCUAGCCGACACUAGCACUCUGCUAGACCGGGACCCCAACGGCGAGCAUUUGCCGUCCAGACUUUACAAGAUGGCCGGCGAGUAUUGGAACAAAUACCCCAAAACGGACUACACGUACUCGCCUUUGUCGAAGGACCGCGUGGAGCUCGCUCCGGGACAGGUGGCCAUGCCGAAUAUGUCCCGGCGGUCGCUCUCCCAGUUCCGCAUACAGGGACCGAACACCAGCCCCGACGAGGUGGACCGGCUGUCCGCUACGAGCGCGUGGACCGCCACCACGGUCAGGAAACGAUAUACCGCUAUCGACAGUUCGGACGAUGAAACCGGCUACAUUCAAAACAAGGGUGCCGUGGUGGCACACGACGAGCGAUGGUGGAUCACUAGUUUGUUCGUCUCCAUCAUCAGCGGCAUCGCGUCCGGCACCCGCGGCGCGUACAGGCGGCUCGUCGGACCCGCGCACCGGUACCCCUACACCGACCGAAGGCCGACACCGCAAGCGGGAUUAGUAUCAAGAGCGGGCUCGGCGGCGCUGGCUCCAUUCUACUGGAUCUACACUACCGUUAAGAAUGUCGUCACCACAACUGUUACCACUAUCACGGAAUCUGUAUCGUCGAACCAUGCCAACGAAAGCGAAAAGUACGUCGCUCGGAGAUACAAGGAGAAGACGGCGAAGGAGGCGGCUGUCGGGAGACGCUGGUGGCCGUGGCUGCUGCUACUGCUCCUUCCGGUCGUCGCGUACGGAUGUUACAACUAUUCAGAUUUUAUAAUUCAAGAGAAACAGAUCCUUGACGACGCGUACUCCUCCCCGCGAAUAUCUCAGGAUUCUGAUCUGGCCGAUCGGAUGAGAGCUUUAGAAGCUUGGGCGUUAAGCGUCGACAGCCGCCUCAAACUUUUCGAUCAAAAGCUGUCGAAAUUGGACAACAUCGAAUCUCAAAUAGAGCAGUAUUCGCUGAUGCAUCUGCAACAAAACCUAAUGCAGAUCUUAACGAGAGACAAUACGGACGCUCUGGCUUUGAAAUUGAAAGCGUAUUUUGAUCAGAAUUACGUCACACCAGACCAAUUGCGAGAGGCCAGUCUGGUAUUAAACGAACGUUUGGCCAACAUUGGUCAAGCCGAGUUGGACGAAGAUCGAAUAAAAGAGAUCCUUCAAGAAUAUUUGGCGUUGUUUGAACGUCGUCAGUUGGAGGUUAUCGUGCAGAAGGUGGAGGAACACGUAAAGGAUGUCGAGGUGCAGCAAUUCGGUUCUGGAGUGGAUAUGGAGGCAGUGAGGACGCUCGUCGCCGGGAUGCUGGAAGUGUAUGAUGCUGAUAAAACUGGACUCGUGGACUACGCUUUGGAGAGUGCCGGGGGCCAAGUGCUGUCGACGCGGUGCACGGAGCUGUACCAGAUAAAGUCGAAGCAGUACUGGGUGCUGGGCGUGCCGGUGCUGUGGGUGCACACGUCGCCGCGGAACGCGCUCACGGCGGGCGCCGCGCCGGCCGACUGCUGGGCCUUCCAGGGAUUCCCCGGCUACCUGGUCAUAAAGACGUACGCGAUAAUAGAAGUGACCGGGUUCUCGUUGGAGCACAUGUCCAAGUUACUCGCCAUCGACGGAAAGAUUGAAUCAGCUCCCAAGAACUUCUCAGUAUACGGUCUCCACGGCGAACUGGAUCCGGAGCCCCACCUAUUCGGCGACUACAUGUACGACGCCGACGGAAAAUCAAUACAAUAUUUCCCGGUGAAGCAUCCGAAGACGACCAACAUUGACGGCAUAGAGUAUCCCGUCGCCUACGACAUCGUGGAGCUGCGCAUCGAGAGCAACCAUGGCAACCCCACGUACACCUGCGUGUACAGGUUCCGCGUGCACGGCAACCCGCUCGCCGACGUGCGACGCGCGGCGGAGGACAGUAUGCACGACAGUCAGCUGUAGCAAAGACGUCCAGACACGUACGUCCCACGUAUGAUAUUAAGCAGAGGAAUCUAAAUCGAAUAUGUGCGAGCGAAUAUUGUGUUCAAUCCGGGUCAUUCCUAGUUCAAUAGUGUAGGUGUUAAUAGAAGUGCCCUUAAUUCGUUUUUUUUUUUUUUAAAUUGAAAGGUGACUUUUUUAAGUGAACAGUACUACUGGAUAUUUUAUUAUACUGUUUAUUUCCAAAGACAUUUUUUUUUGUAAAAUAAAAAAAAAGUAAUAAUAAAUUAUGUACAAAAUUAUAAAAAUCGCACAAUCUUCUAUCUGUGUACGCUUAUUGGUUUUUUUCUUUUUAUUUAUAUCUAUUUGUAUCGUUACGUGUAUUUUAAAUCUUAAUUAAGGGUUUUAAUUUUUUAGCUAUAAAUUGUAAGCCGAAAAUUCAUCUAUUGACAAAGACUACAAUAUAAUUUUUUUAUCUGGGGUUAGUUUUCGGUUUAAUUAAAAUAUGAUUAAUUACAUAAAACGUAAAAAGCGACUACAGCAGCUUUCACAAUUGUUUUAAAGUAAAUAUUUAAGUAACAUUACAUAAUAAAUAUCACAUGUUAUAAAAUUAAGAUCGGACUAUGAAUUUAAUUUUAAAAAUUGUAGUUUUAGUAAAGGAACUAGUCCAUUUAGAAGGAUAAAUGCCAAUUAUAUAUAUUGUUUAAGGUUUUUAUUUUAUUGUCUCAAAUAUUUUAACUGAGUUAAUAGACGCACAGCCCUGUUCACUUUGACGAUCUUGUUUAGUUCAAUAAUAAUGUUUAAAAAAACUUAUUCUGUAAACUUAACCCUGAAAAUCUCGACGAUGUUACUACGUCAGGCAAAGAUGAAACAUGAAAGUUUUUCAAUCGCAUUCGGUUCUAUUUCGUUGUAGAUUUUGGCAGAACAAGAAAGAAAAAAAAACGACCAUUUUAGGAUAAGAAUUAUUUAAGUGAAAAAAAUCACAGACCAAGUCUAGACCAUUUUAACUACAAAAAGAUCCAACUUUCCGCUUCUAUGCAUGACGUUGCGAAAUCUAUUACUAUAUAAUAUAUUAGCGUGUCUCCAUAUUUAUGAAAUUACAAAACUUCUUUUUCGUCUAAAUAAAGACGCCGUGCAAUAUUGGGACACUGAGAAAAUCAAUUGAAAAUGUAUGCAGUUCUCUCCAUGCCUGAGUCAAUUAUUAAAACAAAAUUAAGUAAGAAUUUUAAAUGACUGUCCUACAACAUCCUUCAAAAACACUAUUUAAAAAUAUAUAUUAUAAAUCAAGAAAGGAAGUGGUGUUAAGUACACUUAAAAUUUAAUUAAGAUUUUUUUGUACAAGGUAGUUUGGUUAAGUCUAUCAUUGCGCAGUUAUAUCACUCUUCACAUCUUUUGAAAUCUUAUUUAAUGUAUAUUCACAAACCAAUAGAUAUUAUUUUCUGAUAUUUUUUAAGGUUCAAUUAAGAAUAGCACUUUUUCACUCGAGGCAAACUUAGAUCUGUUGUGGGACUAAUUGAAUUGAAACUUAUUUUUUUAUUUUAGUUUGUUUACUGUAAAUACAGACACAAUAAAACGUUAAGUUAGCAAUAUGUGGAACAUGGAACAAAUUAAGAUUAAGUAAACUUAAAUUCGAAUAAAUCUAAGAUUAUAGUACACCAAAACAAGGGUCGGUUUAGUAUCAGUAUAUUAUGAUUACACGGGAAUCACACAGUUUUCAUAAGUCCAAGUGUACCGUACACUUGCAGAGAGUCGAUCUUGAAGGUUCCUCGUAUCAAAGCAAGAGCAUAUUCGAAUUGCUAAGCCACCAUAAUUCCAAAAACAAUGAGUAUCCCUAAAGCAGAUAAAUAUUUAAACAAAACUGGAACAAGUUGCAGAAGCUAAUGAUAUUUUAGGCAUAAGAGGUACCUUAAAAUCGCAGUGACUGUGAACCGUCAAGUGCAUCCUGCCGACCAGAUUUGCAAGUUAGUUAACACAGAAAUAAUUUAGUAUACUACAGUGUGCUUAGUGCGAGUUUUUUAACGAUCUGGAUAGCGUAAAUGUUAGCUCUUAUUUGUAUGGAACGGGAUCGUUUGUGUACGUUUGCCGCUAGGGGCGCUGUUCCAACUGCAUACAAAAAUGGGUUAACUUUUACGCUAUCGAGAACGUUAAAAAACUCGCACUAAGCACACUGAGAAUUUUAUAUUUCGGAUAACAAAAAUGGAGUCAGCGGAACCCAAUCCAAUGACCUAGGAAAAGAUAAUCACAUUUUUAUACAAAGUACAUUAAAUACUAACCAAAUAAAUUAGUUAAACUAUAUUUUAGAUGUGUUUUAAUAAAAGAAAAUAAACAUUGAAAUUAGAGUACAGUUUAUCUAGAUUCUAGAAUACGCUCAUAAAAUACAUUGUCACUAGAGAAUCGAAACAGAAUGCAGUUUUGUGUAUAAUAAUCAUGUUGUUAAUUUUAUUUGACAGAGAAUGUGCUUGAAUUUUGUGUUUUAAGUGUUUUAGUCUAAGAAAUUAACAUUUUAUGGAGUUACCACUAUCAAUAGUUUUUUUUUCUUUCAUAAGUUACAUUUUAUGCCGAAUAUUUUUUACACGUUGCAAUAUUUACCGAGAUAUGAAAUAUUACUACUAUGCAUUGUUGCAACUGUAAUUCACUAAAUAUCAAAUUCAGUAGCAAUGUAUGUAUAGCACUCAGAGCAUGUCUGCUGAUAUGUACUUUGGACUGUUAAAAAAACAAGAUUACAUUACAUAUAACUAUAUUUGUUCACCAAAUGUUCACUAAGUUUUAUAAAUUGUAAAAUAUUUAAAAGAAAGAUUUUUUAAAUUACGUAACAUCGAAAAAAAUUUGUAAAUAGCAAUUUUUAACUUAUUUUAAAUGCUGCUU